CUUAAGCAGCCUCUCCUUUUCCAGAAAAUAACCGCGGUGAUGCUACUUGUAGUGUUUUUUCCGUAUGUCAGUACUUGUUCCUGUGAAACGUCUCUUGCAGCUGACUGGUGCUCGUUAUCUACGCAGCAAGUUAUAAAACAGCAAACAUGAGGUCAGUGUCAGAAGAGCCUGUCCCAUUACAUGAAGAAUUUAUCUACUGUUGCGGAGCUGCUACCCAUGUCUUAAAGUGUGGGCCCUGGAAAGACCUCUCAAAAGAUGAAAGUAAAAAUCUACCCAGGCUGUUAUUCAUGAUUAUUCCUGGUAACCCUGGACUGGCAGGUUAUUACAGGACCUUUAUACAGGCCUUAUAUUGUGGACUAAAUCAGCAGUAUCCCGUUUGGGUUGUGAGCCAUGCCGGACAUUGUAAGCCUCCUAGUGGUAUGGAAAUGAUAGAAGACACAGAUAUUAAGGAACUAGAGGAUGUUUUUGGACUUAACGGACAAGUAGAGCAUAAGCUGAACUUCCUCAAAAAGAAUGUAUCGAAAGAUAUAAAGCUGGUACUGAUUGCUCAUUCUAUUGGUUGCUACAUCACACUGGAGAUGAUGAAGCGAGCAUCAGAACUUCAGGUUCUUCGUUCUGUGUUGCUGUUUCCGACGAUAGAGCGUAUGGCUCAGUCCCCUCAAGGAAAGCUCAUGACCCCUUUGCUGUGCAAACUUCGUUACAUUCUGUACAUGCCCGUCUACCUGCUGUCCUUCCUACCGGAGGGAGUCAAAGCCUCCCUGGUGCGGUUUGCUCUGCGAGGAAUGAAGACCUGUGAUGAAUCUUCCAUAACAACCUCCGUAAAUCUCUUCAGCGUGGACUGCAUUGCCAACAUCUUGUAUAUGGCAAGCCAAGAAAUGAUGAAGGUUGUGGAGAGAGACAGUACAACCAUAAAGCAAAAUUUAAAGAAGCUGAUUUUUUACUAUGGAACUGGAGACAGCUGGUGUCCACAGCAGUACUACGAUGAGAUCAAAAUGGAUUUUCCAGACGGGGACAUUCGACUUUGUGAGAAGGGGCUCCGCCACGCCUUUGUGCUAGAUGCCAGCAAGGAGAUGGCUGCCAUGAUUACAGACUGGUUACAGGAUGAUCUGACCAAAUUAUAAACACAGAUUCAGUGAUUAACAAGAAAAUGAUGUAAUUAUUUUGUGAACGUGUAAUUUUUUGUGAAAGAGUCUGUCCUAUUUUUUUCUGUUUAUUAUAGAUUAUGGCUUGUUUUCUAUUGAGAUGUUUUAGAGAAAGUUAAAGAGAGACUGGCUGGUCCAAAGUAUAGUUUUAUUGAUUCAGUGGUGAUGUACCUUCAUCCUGUGUCUUCAGGACUCUGCAGGACUUGGCGAAGGGUGGAAUAUUUAUUGUCUGCUAGGACUCUAGACAACACUGAUACUGGAUUCACUGGCUACAAGCGUACCUGGGUUACGACCACCUCACUCACCUGCUGGAGAACUGUCAGGGAUGGGUUUGGGGCAGCCCGGCCGGCCUGAUUUAGACAGAAAUACCAGGCUGCUCUGUAUGGAUAAAAAUCCCCCUGUGGAUGGAUCCUGGCAGGGGAUCCUGGUAUGCUGUGAAAGACCUGUCUCAUCGUCCAUGUAACCCUGGAGUGUGACAGCCGGAGCAGCCCAAGGCCCCAGGACAACCCUCGUGUUGUCUCCUCGAGGUCAGAUGGGGUUGGUGGUCAAUCAGAGGUCGGGCUGAGUACAAGGGAGAUGUGUAGAUGAGGUGCGCAGUUUCUCCAAGUCUCAGAAGGGGUUUAGGGUGCUGCCAGGACUCCACAGGGUAUUAAAAAUACCGUAAGGUAACUGAGGGUGCUCAGCGAGGGAAUACGUGUGGAGCUCUUACCUGGAACAUGGCCAAGUGUUUCAUUUUUCGAUCGACUGUAGAGAAGGGAAAGGACACUGGUCAAAAGUGCCAGUAUUAAGAGGUUAAAAUGGAUUGCAGAAUCCGUAUGUAACUACUUACAGGUGGCCUCGCUCUCCUAAUGAAGUCCAUGAGAACAGUGCUUGCUCAGCCACUUUAAAGAAUCAGAGCAGUUUUGAUGCAUGCCUAAAUUUCAGUUCUUUACUCUGAGGACUGAAGUAUGAGACUUUCUGCCAAGCCACAAAUUAGAUAAGUCCACUGUGAGAAAAUGGCUAUUACUCUGCCAUGGUUGCACCCGUGAAGUGGCAUGAAAUGGCAUGAGAUGUUACUACUGAGCACCAGAUCCUUGCUGUAGCACGUUGCUGGCAAGUACACUGUCCCUCACACUUGUUCAUCCCUCUCCUUUACAGAUAGCAAAAAACUAGAAAAAAACAUCCUACCAGUUGUGAUAACAGAAGAAGUUACAGGCAAUAGCUGGAAAGGAAAAUCAUGUAAGUAAGGGGAACAGAGGCAAGUGCAAUCAGGAAAAGCUUUCUAGCCAUGAAGCUGCGAAAUAGUCUCCCUGUGGAGUUCAUAGAGACAUUUAUAAAUAAAAAAGCCACUACAGAAUAUGGUCAGGGGAAGUUCUGCCCUUGCAAACAGAUGAAUUUAGAUGAUGCGUUGAGUAUUUAACUUACAGGAUUUAUUAACAGUUUUGAUGUGGAAAUGGUACUGGAGAACAUUCUCUGACGCAGAAAGACCGAUUAAUCCUUACCUUUCUUACACAAGUAUAUACACACCUUCCACUUCUCUCUAAAUCCCCCUUGAAUCCUUCACUAAUACUUAGAGCAAUUUGUAAUAAAAUUUGGUUUCUGGAUAUUUUGGACUAGUUUUCAAACCUGCAGACAGACAGUGGAUUUAAGUGACCUUCUUUGCAUCAGAAACUGGUUUAGCUUUUGAGACUAAGCCAGUGGAUUUUCAGAAUACACUGCCGCGUCAUGAAACAGAUACUGAUGCUUGAGGCAGAAAUGUCGAGACCACAGCUGCAGCAGCAUGGGGAGGAACCAGGUACGUUCAAAGUGAAGGGACUGUGCCCGCGCGACCGAUUCUGUUUUACUGGAGACUUUCCUCCUUUUUACGGGGCCAUAUUCAGUCGUGUUCAAAACAAUUCUCGUGCUCACUUUAGAAAUCCAUCGUUGUAUGUGUCUGUGUGUGUUUUAAACAGCCCCUGGGUGUUGGCAUGCAUUCCUGUCGACGGCCUUAGGGCAGAUGCUAAAUGCAUCUGUUGGCCUAGGUGCUCCCUAGGCAGGGGGGGACGGCUGUUCACAUAUGUGGAUAUACGUAUAUAUGUACAC